AUGGAUGGUGUGUUCAGCUUAGUGCAGGGAGAACUAAUGGCAGAAAGAGCAGUGAUCUCCGUUAUUCAAUAUUUGGGAUCAUUGUUAGCCGGUGAAGUAGAGUUGUUGAGGGGUGUUCGCAAGGAAAUGACGAUCACUAAGCUAAAGCCACGACAUAAGAUAGCUUCUCAGAUCCAAGACAUCAAGACUACAAUCCGUGAGAUCAAGGAAGGAGUUGAUCGAUAUGGAUUUAGCACUAGUACUUCCACAGAACAUAGCAGCACCGGCACUAGCAGCAUCACCAAGGACAACAUGUGGCGUGACCCUCGACUGGCUUCCCUUUUCAUAGGGGAUGACGAAGUCGUUGGCAUUGAAUCUCCCAAAUAUGAACUAAUAAGCAGAUUGGUUGACCAAAAUCAAUCACAACGAGCAGUGAUCUCGGUGGUUGGCAUGGGUGGAAUUGGCAAGACCACUCUUGCCAAGAAAGUUUAUGACAGCCAAGAAGUGGUUGCACACUUCAAUUGCAAAGCGUGGAUCACUGUCUCUCAAUCAUACAAGCCAGAGGAGCUUCUCAAAAAAAUGAUAAAGCAGCUAUCAGGAAACAAUGUUCUCCCUGACGAGGGAAUUGAGUCACUCAUUAACAAUGCCGGUAGUCGGGUAAUCAUCACCACACGUAGUGAACAGGUUGCUACAUUUUGCAAAGAAACUUCAGUGGAUCAUGUCCAUGAGCUUGAAGCCCUAUCCGAAGAGAAGGCUUGGGAACUCUUUUGCAAGAAAACCUUCCAAUUGGACUUUGAGGGUCAUUGUCCCCCUGAGUUGGAGGAAGUAUCACAUGCAAUUGUUAGAAAGUGUCAAGGUUUGCCACUAGCAAUUGUAGCUAUAGGCGGUCUCUUGUCCACCAAAAACAAAGGUAUAUCCGAAUGGCAAAAAUUCUAUGGUAGCAUGAACUCUGAGUUGGAAAGGAAUCCUGAACUUAAAAGCAUUAGCAAAAUUUUGUUGUUCAGUUAUAAUGAUCUGCCUCACCACCUCAAAUCUUGUUUCUUGUACUUUGGCAUAAUGCCAGAAGACUACUCUAUCAAAGCUGGGAGACUAACUCGGCUAUGGAUAGCUGAGGGUUUUGUUGAAGAGCAGAACGGAAAAACAUUGGAAGAAGUUGCAGAAGCAUACUUGACUGAGCUGAUCCAUAGACGCUUAGUUCAAGUGUCAGAAACAAAAUUUGUUGGAAGAGUUAGAGAGUGUCGGGUACAUGAUGUAGUGCGUGAGAUUAUUCUCUCAAUGUCCAAGGAGUAUAGUUUGUGUCAAAUUUUGGAAGAAGAGAAUUCAAGUUUCAAUGGCACAACUCGGCGGCUAUCUGUGCAUAUGCGUUACUGCAACAUGGAUAAGGUUAUGGAAAGCAUUGGUAAAUCCCCAAUUCGUUCUAUUUUUCUUUUUCAAGAGGGAGAGCUGCCAAAGAAGCCUUUAUUGGGUACAGUAGCUGCAAAUUUCAAGCUUUUGAAAGUGUUGGAUCUUGAGGAUGCUCAUUUGGAUCAACUUCAUGAAGAAGUGGGAAAUCUAUUUCUUUUGAGAUACCUAAGCAUAAGGAGCACACGAGUGGAGAUAAUUCCAAAGGCCAUAGGUAAGCUGCAAAACCUACAUACUUUGGAUCUGAAACAUUGCCGGGUUAGAGAGCUCCCAUUUGAUAUCAAUAGGCUCCAUAAGUUGCGACAUCUUAUUGCCUAUUCUUGUAACUCUAUAUCUGAAUACUUCAACUAUAUUAUAGGAGUGAAGAUACAUGGAGGGAUUGGGGGUUUAGAGGAGCUGCAAAAUUUGUGGUAUAUGGAGACAAAUCAUGGCCUAAUUAAAGAGCUUGAGAAAUUGAGACAGCUAAGGAAGUUGGGAAUCAUGAAAUUGGAAAGAGAACAUGGGAGGAGGGCUCUAUGUGCAGCCAUUGAGAAGAUGAAAUACCUUCAACGUUUGAAUGUAAUGGCCUCAAGUGAUAAUGAGAUUUUGGAUUUACAGUAUAUAUCAUCAUCAUCUCCACCUCGGUAUCUUCAACGUCUCGAGUUGGGUGGGCGUUUAGAGAAGUUGCCCGACUGGAUCCUGAAACUUCAAAAUCUAGUUACAUUACGUCUAGUGGGUUCAGGUUUGACCAAGAGCGAUCCACUAAAAGCCCUUCAAGUCUUGCCUAGUUUAGUACGUCUUGUUCUUUGGGAUGCAUAUGAUGAGGAGCAGUUGUAUUUUGAGGUCGGAAAGUUUCAAAAACUUAAGCAACUAGAUCUCGUGGGGUUCAAGGGAUUGAAUUCAAUGAUAAUAGAGGAAGGAGCAUUGCCUCUUCUUAAAGAUCUAAGGAUUGAGCCUAGCCCGCAACUAAAGAAGGUACCAUCUGGCAUCUACCACCUUAGAAACCUCAAAGCUCUUGAGUUUGUUGGUAUGCCAGAAGAAUUCAUAGAUAGAAUGGAAUCCAAACCCAACCAAGGAAAAGAUUACUGGAUCGUCGAGCAUAUCCCUGAUGUCUCGCUCUGGUCCCGAAUCGGAAAACGAAGUUAUAUUACUCUAAUCGGCAAUCUUAAAGAAUAUUUCAAUCGGAAGGUGGAAAACGUAGGGGUUAGGGAAGAUAAAAAUGAAUCUCAAAGUUGA